AUGCCAAUCACCGAAGGCGCACCAAUCCACGGCAACCCCGCACAUCUCCUCCCACCAUCCUGGAAAAGAAGCAUAAGUCUCUGGCUUGAAGAAGACACACCCAGUUUCGACUACGGCGGAUUCGUAGUCGGAGACAGUCCCGCAGAAGCACGACUUCUAGCAAAAAGCAAAGGAAUCGUCGCCGGCAUCCCCUUCUUCGAUGAAGUCUUCAAACAGCUGGACUGCACCGUCGAAUGGCACGUMAAAGAAGGAGACGAAGUAGGAGUAUCUUCAGACGGAAAACAGCAUGUCGCGACUGUAAAAGGGCCAGUGAGAUGUCUCUUAUUGGGGGAGCGAGUAGCUUUGAACUUGCUAUCAAGAUGCUCAGGCAUUGCGACAAAGUCACAUUUCCUACUCUCUCUCCUCCGGAAUGCGGGGUACAAGAAUACUCUAGCAGGCACGAGGAAGACGACGCCGGGCUUCAGACUGGUGGAGAAAUAUGGCAUGUUGGUCGGUGGUUGUGAUCCUCACCGACAGGAUCUGAGCACCAUGACCAUGCUCAAGGAUAACCAUGUCUGGGCCUGUGGAGGCUCGAUACCCACCGCUGUAGCCGCAGCCAAAGCCUCGGGAGGAUUCGCCAUCAAAGUCGAGGUGGAAUGUCAGACGGAGGAGGAAGCGGAGACGGCGAUCAAAGCCGGUGCGGAUGUGGUCAUGCUGGACAAUUUCACUCCGGAUCAAGUUCGCAUUGCGUCGAAGAAUCUCAAGGAUCGUUGGGGACGUGGUGUCCAUGCCCGAGCGUUGAUUGAGGUUUCCGGAGGUUUGACCGAGGACAAUGUGGCGAAUUACGUGUGUGAUGAUGUGGACAUCAUCAGUUCGUCCAGCAUACACCAGGGUGUCAAGCAUGUGGAUUUCUCCCUAAAGGUCAUACCCAAGGACACCAAGGGCAAGCUUGGGAAUGGCGAGACGGCUGAUGUGUAA